GCCCUUCUCAGCCCCAAUGGCUUGCACUUCCAAUCAUUAGGUUAAAAAGACUAGUUUCUUUGAAUCCUUCUUUCGUUGAGGUCUUUGCUGUCAUUAUGCCCCUUGCUUCAUCAUAGUAUUGUCAUGUCUUGUUCACCAUUAUACACUCAAUAUGAGUCGUUCAGAACGAUCAAACUCAGAUACAUCCGAUCCAGGAGCUGCCCAGUUCCUACAUGGACUGUCGCCGCAACAGCUUCAUCACCUUCAGUACAGCGUCCCGUCAAAAGAUGCACCUGAACGCUUCUCACAAUUCCUUGAAGAGCCACGGCGACCACCGGUACCGAAGAGGUUCACGUUCGAUGUGCUGGAUCUUGCGGCGAGGCAGAAGGCCACAAGGAGUGUAACGAGGAGCACAACACCUACUACUGAGAUAUUGCUGAAAGAGGUGGACAGAGUGAGGAAAGUUGAUUGGAGGUUUCACAUUACGUUGGCGUGUAUAUGUAUGCUAAAUCUAGUUGCGGCAUGGGAUGCUACCUCUCUCUCCAUCAUUCUUCCCACAAUAGCGAGUGCCCUACAUGGCUCAGCUGUUCAGUCAUUUUGGCUGAGUAUCUCGUUUCUCGUGGCUGCCACUGCCCUCCAGCCACUAUAUGCUUCUUGCGCUGGGAUCUUCGGCCGCAAAGCUAUGCUUAUCACUGCUCUUACCUUCUUUACGAUUGGAACAUUCAUUGCUGCAGUCACCGGAAACUUCACCGGAUUACUGCUCGGGCGGUCUCUUCAAGGCAUCGGUGCCGGUGGGUUCUACGUUAUGACCGACUUGAUUCUCGCGGAUUUGAUAUACGCAGAAGAUAGAAAACGGUGGUCUGCAUUUAUUGGAGCAACCUGGGUUGUCGGUAUCGUUACAGGUCCAGUUAUCGGCAGUGCGCUAGCAGAAAGAGGGCAGUGGCGGUGGAUCUUUUGGAUCAACCUUCCCUUUUGCGGAUUCGCAUUCAUCGUUCUUCCAGCAUUCGCUCAGCUUAAACUCGCGGAAGGUGACAUCCUCCGAGGGCUUAGAAAAGUGGACUGGCUUGGAAUCGUCCUCUUCAGCGGAUCUCUGAUCUCCGUUCUACUGGGCCUGACGUGGGGAGGAAUCCAGCAUCCCUGGUCUAACUUCCGGACUACACUUCCCAUCCAAGUCGGACUCGUAGGAUUCGUUGUCUUCCUCCUAUGGUCACGUUUCUCGCCUUUUACACCCAUUCUUAAUCUCGACUCUUUCAUGGACUCUACAAGCCUGGCAACAUAUUUCGGGGCAACAAUGCAAGGAACAAUCGCUUUCACAGCCUUGUACUUUUUGCCGUUGUAUUUUGAGGUUGCCAAGCCCGACCUCAGCCUCGUUGAAACCGGGAUAAGCCUGUUCCCGUGGACCUUUGCACUCUGCACCAUCGCAACAGUUACGGCUGUUGCCGUCAGCAAUACGACCUGGUGGCGUCCAGCGAUUUGGCUUGGUUGGUCCUUUGUCAUUAUUGGGACUGCAUUAACGACGCUUUUCAAGAGAGGUUCAGCAACGCCGUUGUGGGUGUGCAUUGCGAUGCUCUUGGGAGUCGGACUUGGGAUCUUGUAUCCCAGUUUGAGGGCAGCUUUGCAGGCAGCUGCUCGGAGCGGGAGUAUGACUUCGGCUGUUACAAACUAUGGGUUCUUUCAAACUCUGGGACAAACGCUGGGUGUUGCCAUUGGUAGCGCGGUUUUCCAGAACCAGCUCCAUGAGCAGUUGCUCGAGAACAAGAUGCUCGAGAGACUUGCGAUAGUGUAUGCGAAGGAUUCCAUCGCACUCAUCCAAACCAUCCGAGCGAUGCCCGGCGGCGAGGGAACGCUGAAGACGGAUCUAGCAGAUGCAUAUGUUGAUUCCAUGAGGACUAUUUGGAUCAUCAUGGCUGCUUUGGCCGGAACUGCGUUAGUAGUAAGCUUCUUUACCAAGGCCGUGUUUGUCACGCAAGAGUCGGCUGCGGAGCAGAAUGAGAUGAAGACGUUCGAUGAAGAGAGAUGAUACAGUAAGCGGGCGGGUGAGUUGUAUCUUUUAUGUAUGAUGGCUUGAAGAGGGAGGGCUACCUGGAUUUUUGCUCGGCGUUUGGCUCGAUUUGGGUUGUGGUGUUUGCGGUUGAAGUUGUUGGCAGUGAUGCCAAGUUUUGCUUUUUGGGAGGCCAUUGUGGAUUUGCUUCACAC